AUGGACCAAUUCGUCCAGGAACUAGCCGACACCCCGUAUGAUCCAGAUGACUAUGACGAAUUCGAUCAAACCCUCCUCGACCGUCGCGUCCGCGAACUCGAACGACUCGGCGAAAGAUCCAACGAUCGACCAGGUCGCCCCAAAAUCUACGUUAAAUACAUCAGAAAAGCAGACAUAUUGACCGACAUAAGAGCGGUCGAGUAUCUUCGACUGCACGAAAGAGAUCGCCGUAAACGUUACAAAGUCUCCAAAGGAUUUAGAAAAGCGUAUAAUAUCUGCCCUCGAUAUUUGGGGAAAGAUAUCGCCAAGGCGCCGAGGGAGGUGAUUGAUACUCUUAACAAGAGGGCGGAUCUCGUGUUCACUAAGAUGGACAAGAUACAUUCGUCCGCGUAUGCAACUAUUGACCAGGACUGCGAAUUUAUCUUGGAGACGUGGUUGGAAGGAAAAGAGUAUCAUGAAGACGAGAUCAAGAUGCCGGAGGCACAGGUGGGAGUGUUUUAUGAUUCUCUGAAAUUCGCCCCUUGGGACACACUUGAUGACAAUGAUAAAGUAGAAGAAUGA